GCGGGAAACGUUCCCGCGGGCGCUCUCGGGGUGGGCGGGACUGCUCCCCGCCCUGCCCUUCGCUCCUCGCGCGCGCCAUGGGGGCUGCGGCAGGCUGGUCGCCCGCUCCUUCCGCGAAGGGGAGUGGGCCGGCAGGAUGCGCGGGACGCGGAGGGUGACUUCGCGCGCUUCUCUGGUCUUUCCAGAUUCUCGUUUGUUUUCUGGGGGUCGAGCGCUAGUAAGCUCUGGGGGUCUGUGACGUUCCGCGCGGGGUCUCGCCAAGCCGUGUCGGAGGGUCCCGCGUCCCAGCUGAGGCGCCCUUCCCAUCAGGUGGCGAGUGGCGGGCGGGCGGGCUUGCUGCGCCAGGCGUCUGUGUCCCGCGGAGGAGCCAGCAGUCAUUGUAUAACGCUGGACUGGGAAUCAGAAGACCUGGUUUCUCAUCCCUGUUCUGUCACUAAUGAGCUGUGUGAUCUUUGAAGCUUAAGUGAAAAUGGUACAUGUUAGAAGACAUGAAACAAGGCAAAAUUCUAAAACUCAAGGGCAUGAACAGAAAUCUCGAGUCGAUUGGAGGCGGACUAAAAGAAGUAGUCUCUUGCUGUUGUGUGAGAGUGGUGACGAGCUUGAGAGUGAUGAAAGUGUUGACAGUAAUGAAAGUGUUGACAGUGACGAAGAUCCUGACAGUAACAAGGGGCCUGAUUGCAUUAAGAAGCCAGAAAAUGAAAGAGAGCUUAAAUUAAUUAAUGUUGAAGGUGAAGGAAGCAGUAGUAAGCAUCUCAUUAACACUGACAAUAGUUCAACAUAUGAAGAAGAAAAGAACAAAACUAAACAUGGAAGUAUUGACUUAGAUCAUGAAAAGGGUUCAGGUCAAGAGGAGGGUGAUCUCAACAAACACACUGGACAAAUAACAGAGGAGGAUUUAGAAGAAGAACACAUCAAGCGAGGGAAGAGAAAAAGGAUCUCCUCUGUGAUGUGUGACAGUGAUGAGAGUGACGACAGUGAUAUCCUAGUUAGGAAAGUGGGUGUUAAACGUCCACGUAGAGUGGUCGAAGAUGAAUGUUCUUCAGUGGAGAUGGAGCAAAAAAAUCCUGAAAAAACUUCAGCCACAAGAAGGCGAGAACAGCAGCAGAAACUGGAGGAACUCUCAAAACAGAGAUCUCGUCAGAGACAUAACAGUAGUAGAGAUUUUGAGGACUCUGAAAAGAAAUCCUCCCCCAGCAGUGAUGAAAAUGAUGUUGAGGAGGAAGAGGAAGAAGACAAUGAUUAUGAAUUUGAUGAAGAUGAAAUCAUUGAUAAAGAUGGAGAUCAUUAUAUUAUUGAUGGCUUUGUAGUACAAGAUGAGGAAGGUGCUGAAGAGAAUAAAAGCCAACAAGGAGAACAGUUGACUACAUCACAAUGGAAAUCAAUAAAACAGAAUUCUCUUUGUGACCACUAUACUCACUUUGAAAGAGUUGUGAAGGCUCUUCUGAUCAAUGCUCUAGAUGAAUCUUUUCUGGGAACAUUAUAUGAUGGCACCAGGCAGAAAUCGUAUGCACAAGAUAUGUUGACUUCUCUUUAUUAUUUGGAUAACCGCUUUGUUCAGCCUCGUCUAGAGAAUUUAGUCUCUAGAAGUCGUUGGAAAGAGAAAUACAAGGAGCGAAUAGAAAAUUAUUCUAGUGUAGAUAUCCAAUUGAAGAAUUCUGAGAACUGUUUGUGCCAGGCUUGUGGGUUGUAUCGCCACUGUGAAUACUCAGUGCAUUUAUCAGGAAAGCUGUAUGACACCAGGACCAUGGAAACAGAUGACUUCAUGUCACACGAUAAACAGGUGUUUACUGUUGGCAGAAUUUGUGCUGAGCGAACCAGAAUUUACCAUAAACUGAAACAUUUUAAAUUCGAGCUGUACCAAGAGUGUUGCUCCAUUGCAAAGACAGAAGAGGUUGAGGAUGAAGAGGUUAAAGAAACAGUGGAAAGAAUUUUCCAUCAGUCAGAAAACAGUGGCUGGAUUAAGGAGAAAUAUGAUCAACUUCAAGAAUAUCUCAAUUUGGCGGAUUACUUUAAAGAGGAGAAGUUUGAAUUUUAACACAUUUCCUUCAGAGAAGAUUUUGUAAAUUCCUGUAAAUGUGAAGAUCACAAGUCUUGUUUCUCUGUAUCAUGUGACCUAUUUAUAUAUUUUAUGUAUAGCUUCAUGGCAAAAUAUCUUGUGUGAAACAUGUUCAUCUUAAUUUCCAUGAAACAAUACUCUGCAGUCUAAUAAAACUUUUAUCUACUGUACAUAGAAAACACAAGCCUAACUUUAAGUGUAUUUGAAAGUUAUAUAACAAUGCCUUUAUAUCAGAUGAAUAUCAAGUGAAUGAGCUGUUCAUGUCCUGUCAGUUUAUUAGAAAACCAUGUAUUUUAAAAAUCUAUUUAGAUUAACAUCUAUGUGUAUUUAUUGCUGAAUUCCUGCCCAGAUCUGCUUAUUAUCCUUUUGUAAUAUUAAAUGAUCUUCACUAACA